UUUGAAUAAACAUGUAGGAGAUAGAUAGAAGUAUAUAUUUUUCGAAGGAUACGCAUCUCUCGCGAGCGCUCGAUCGUCAACAACAAUUAUCCGUUGACAAUCUGACAAGAAGAUAAAUGGCAAGAGCGGGACAUAAAACGCAGAGAGAAUUUUAGCGUCGCAUUUCAUUCCGUGAAUUGCGCGGGUUGUGCAUCAAAUUCUCGUGAAUUUUCGAUAAAUCUCGCAACAAUAGAUUUUCCAGUAAUCGAUGAUGCAAUUGACAAAAGUGCGAUGAUUCUUAUAAAGUAUAUAAAGUGUAUUCCGCGUAUUAUAAAGUAUAUUCUGCGCGAAGGAUAUUUUUGUAAAAGAUAUUUUUGUAAAAGAUCUUGUGACUUCAUAUUUUCCGCUGAAUGUGAUAAAAAGGAGUCUAUUCAAUACAGCUUGCGAAUUAUUUUGUGAGCGCGUCUAUGAAUAUCAUCAACUAAACUACCCUCAUGUCCAGAAAAAUGCAUGUGCGAUGGAACGAUUUGGAUAAUGGACAAAUGACAAAUAAGACAAACAACAAGCCUUCAGACGCGGACGAUGAUGUGGCAAAUCCCAAUGUGACGAGUAAUAACAAAUCGGCAAACAGUGAUUUAUACCAAGCCUUGUUUCCGAUUUAUUAUAUCAGCAAACUGUUCGGUGUAUUUCCAAUGAGAUUUGUCCGACAGGUGUCUGGCAGGUAUCAAGGCCGAUUGAGCAUCAUCGAUAGCAGUUACAGUCUAUGCUUAAUGGCGAGCCUGAUAAGCGCCCAAAUUUGGGGUUUCUGGCGCGAUCUCAGACGUGGAUGGGAGAAUAGCACCAGACUUAAAUCGCGGACCGCGAUCAUUUUCACCGUAAGCGAUGGGUUAGGAUUAAUGAGUCUCACGGCUGUCUCCAUCAUCGGUUCAAUUAUGCACUGGCAACAGGUGCAAACUAUCAUCGAUAAAUUGAUCGACUGCGAUGAGAAGCUGGGAAUCCUCUCCCCGAAGAAGCUGCGACGGCACACCAUCCUGUUAACAUUUUGCAGCCUCUCCUGUUGCAUCAUUGUCUUAUGUCUCGAUUUCUACAUGUGGAAUUACAAGGUGAAGCUAAAUAAGAAACUGGAUAACAAAGGGCCGUUCAAUUAUCUCCCUCUGUUGUUUAUGUACGUAAUUUUUAUUAUGAUGGAAGAUCAAUAUGCCAUCAUCGUGUACAAUGUGGGCCAACGGUUCUUUAGAAUCAACAAGACUCUUGAAAAUAUCCUUAAAAGCAGUAAAAUCACAAAUCAAUUCAGAAAGGAUCUUGGAUUAGCUGGCGACUUUCGAGAUCAAGGACAAUUCAUUACAUACAGUCGGCAAGAAAUGAUAGGAAAUACUCGAAUGUUUCGUAAAUCGAAGCUCAUGGAUUCCAUUGUUGCAAAUGAUGGCAAAAGUUUUACAGAUAGAAUAUCUCAACUGGUGACAGUACACGCGACGCUGUGUGACACAGUGUCACUUAUAAAUACUGCUUAUGGCGUCAUUGUACUCGUAAUUACAAUUACCUGUCUAAUACAUCUGGUCCUUUCACCGUACACUUUGAUAAUGGAAGAUGACGUAAGACGUGAAUCGAUAUUCGUUAUAGUAAACGGAUUGUGGUGUAUCUUCCACAUUUGGAGAUUACUCGGGAUAGUAGAGCCCACAUAUGCUACUACAAUGCAGGGAAAAAAAACAGCGGUUUUGGUAAGCCAAUUACAAUCCAUGGAUCACGAUAGAGAAGAUACUAAACAACUAGAAAUUUUUUCACUUCAGCUUCUGCACUGUCCUUUGGAGUUUUCAGCGUGCGGUCUCUUCACUUUGGAUCGUUCUCUCGUAACUUCAAUUGCUGGUGCAGUCACAACAUAUCUUGUAAUACUCAUACAAUUCCAAAAAGAGAACGAAACAAAGGGCAAUUUCGAUAAUAUAUUGAAGAAUGCCACUCAAAUUCUGAAAAACGCGACGACACUUCAUAAUAUCACAGCGGGCAGAUUGGAUCCAUAAAUUAAGACAAACUAUAGCCGAUAUUCAUAGUCCGAUCUUAUAUUUGAGAUCGUCUUAAGUUCGAGCUUGAAAUGUUACGCAGCUAUUUGAUUGGUUGAAUGAGGUCUUAAGUCAACCUCGGACCAGACUUAAGACGAUUUUAAAUAUAAGAUCGGACUAUGAAUAAAGGCCUAUGCUUCUCUUCAUUCCUUUUAUGUUCUCGAAUCUGUAAUA